AGCAAGAAAGUGACAGGAAGGAGUGUAGGUGGCAGUGACGGAGGGGUGAUAUUUGACUCAUUUCUCCCUUAUUUACGCCCUUAGCACGUCAUGGCCAGGCGAAGAGACUACUCCUAUAUCAGCCCCUGUGUUAAAUGGACGCUAUUUGCUUUUAACUUCAUUUUUUGGCUGUUUGGCCUGCUGCUGGUCGGAAUUGGCCUGUAUGGCGUCGUCUUCACCGCGCAGGACCUCCACGGACUUAAAUCGGUGAAAAUAGCAUAUAUUGUUUUGACGGACUUGUCAGGAGUGAUGGUGGCUCUUGGCAGCAUCAUAUUUGUUGUCUCCUUUGCUGGUUGUAUUGGUGCCCUUAGAGAAAACCUGUGUCUCUUGAAAUUGUAUUUCUGGAGCCUGACGAUAUUCCUAGUGGCGGAGCUUAUCUUUGCCAUCGGAUGCAUUUUGUUUCCGUGGAAGUCGAGAGAGAUCAUGGAAAGUUUGCUGUCAAAGAGGCUCAUUGAAGACUAUCGGGAGAGUCAGAACACGCAGAAUUUUGUCGACUCGCUGCAGAGACAUUUUGAGUGCUGCGGCAUUACGACAGACGGUUACCAAGACUGGAAUGCCAACGAAUAUUUUAACUGUUCCGAUCACAGUCCGAGUGCCGAGAAGUGUGGAGUUCCUGCCUCAUGCUGUAUUAGACGCAAGAACAUGACACAUCUCAACUCCAUGUGUGGAUAUGAUGUGCAGAAAAAAAAGCGGCACGAGGUUUCAGAGAUAAUUAACCCCAAUGGCUGUGUGACGUCCAUCAUUCAGUUUCUGGAGUCCAACCUCUACUGGGCGGCCGGGGUGAUCUUCGGCAUCACUCUCUUCCAGAUGUACGUGACCCACCAGGCAAGGUCGCUAAUGGACCAGAUAGCGCUGCAGAGGUCACGAUGGUACUGACAGCCACCCCCCAUCCACUCCUCCGCCCUGCCCCUCCUCCCCCUCCCCUCCGCUUCUUGCCCUCUGCUCGAUAAGUGAUGUCUGUCUGUCUGUCUGUCUGUGUCUGUGUGUGUGUGUGUGUGUGUGUGUGUACGUGUAAGGAAAGCCAGGUUAUUUGCGCACAUAGUAGUGAUUUAAGCUUGUGUACGUGUGUUUGUAGUCGUGUGUGUGUGUGUUUGUGUACGUGUGUGUGUGUGUGCGUUUAGUUCAAAUUGGUACACACAGCAGCUUUUUUUUCAUGUACGUGGGUGUGUACGUGAUUGUGUGCGUGCGUUUGUUCUUGUGUGCGUUUUUCUGUGGUGUGGUCAGAAUUGGUACACACACCAGCAUUUUGUUCAUGUACGUGGGUGUGUACGUGGGUUUGUGUGCGUUUUUGCUGUGUGUGCGUUUUUGUAUAUGUGCAUUUUUUUAUUUCUUUUUUUAAUCUUAAUUUU